AAAGGAGUCACGCGGUUGGACUGCUCAGUCAUCUUCAGCAGAUCCCGGGGUUGUAGUGUUGCUUGCAGUAAACCCUGGUCUAGCUCGAUCUUGCCAUGAUGGGGCUUCGCGAUUUAGUAUUGCUCGCCUCUCUGGUGGCUGCUUGUUCGGCGCUGAUCAGAAUCCCUCUGAAGAAAUUCCCUUCCAUGCGUAGCAUCUACAAUGAAUAUGGGACCAAUAUCCAAGAUUUGACUGAGUUGGGAGAAAUGCUGAAAUAUAAAUUUGGGGGUCCUGGUGCACAAAUACCCACCCCAGAGGCUCUGAAGAAUUACAUGGAUGCACAGUAUUAUGGGGAGAUAGGUAUUGGGACUCCACAACAGAAGUUUACGGUAGUCUUUGAUACUGGCUCAUCAAACCUCUGGGUGCCAUCUAGUCACUGUACCUUGCUGGAUAUUGCCUGCUUGAUACAUCAUAAGUACGAUUCUUCAAAAUCUAGCACAUACGUGAAAAAUGGUACGGAUUUUGCCAUCCAUUAUGGUACUGGGAGCCUUUCGGGAUAUCUCAGCCAGGACACUGUGACGAUUGGUGACAUGUGUGUCAAGAACCAGUUGUUUGGUGAAGCUACCAAGCAGCCUGGCAUCACUUUUAUUGCUGCAAAGUUUGAUGGCAUUCUCGGCAUGGCAUACCCCGAGAUCUCUGUGGAUAAAGUAGCACCUUUUUUUGAUAAUGUAAUGGAACAGGGAUUAUUGGAAAAGAACCUAUUUUCCUUUUAUCUAAACAGGGAUCCAAAAGGCGAAACUGGAGGGGAAUUGCUUUUUGGAGGAACAGAUUCCCAGUAUUAUAGUGGAGACUUCAGUUGGGUGAAUGUGUCUCGUAAAGCUUAUUGGCAAGUCCACAUGGAUAAAGUUGAUGUUGCUAAUGGCCUAACUGUGUGCAAGGAUGGCUGUGAAGCUAUUGUAGACACAGGAACAUCACUUAUUACAGGGCCAACUAAGGAAAUUAAAGAAUUGCAGAAAGCCAUUGGAGCUAAGCCAAUCAUUAAAGGACAGUACAUGCUCCCAUGUGAUAAACUAUCUACACUUCCCACUGUGUCUCUAGUGCUAGGAGGGCAGUCUUACGCUCUUACUCCAGAUCAGUAUGCCUUAAAAGUUACUGUUCAAGGAGAAACUCUUUGUUUGAGUGGAUUUUCAGGCUUGGAUGUCCCACCACCUGGUGGGCCUCUUUGGAUUCUUGGUGAUGUUUUCAUUGGGCCUUAUUACACAGUAUUUGAUCGAGAUAAUGACUCUAUUGGUUUUGCAAAGAGUACUAGCAAGGUGUAAAAGCAAUUAAUCAUUGCCUUCCACAGUCUCAAUACAAAUGCACUCCCAAGCACAUUGUGCUUUGCUUUUAUAUUGUGACUGAUUGCACUCAGAACAAAAUCAAGAAAGUACAAAUGAGAGGAAAUGUUUUUAAAUUAGAAAAGUUACUAUUGAUCUUCCAAAAUUUAUUUGCCAUCCUUCUGAUAACAUACCAUAUAAAGGCUCUAAUAAAAUUACAAAUUUUGGGGUGUCCUAAUAUUGUAUGUACCCUUCAGAUUUCUGAUUCUUUGAAGCAUGAUCCUUUCAUACGUUUCCAAGCAAAAGUUGUUUUGUAUAAGCAACUUUAUUUUCUGCCCACCCUCCCCAAAAUUAUGUAUGCUUUUGGAUACAAUUUUCUAGCAACUCUCCCACCAUAUAUGUAUAUAUGCACAUAUACAUAUAAUAUAUGUAUGUACAUAUGUAUGUAUAUUGCAGUUGAUCAUUGAAAAAUUCUUAAUAGUUGAGAAGUCACCCUAAAAUUGCAUUUGAUUCUCUAUUUGCACUGUUGAAUAUAAAUAUAUAGAUAUAUAUAAAGCGAUUGCAUCUCUGUCAUCUAGGAAGUGUGGAAUGUGACAGAGCAGUUCUGAACUAACACAUUUUAUAAAACAUGGUUAUGGUUAGUAAUGAAUACUUGGGGAAACAGCCAUUGUAAUAGGGAGGAUAAAAUUUAAAGUGAAAGUAAAGAUAAAUGUUAAAUUGCCAUUUAGCCUAAGUUUCCCCUACUCAGGUAGUAUGUUGUUUGUGAAUAUUUUGCUCUUCAGUUUUCCAAACCUUUUGUAAUUCCUAGUUUCUUUUUGAGAUAUGAGAACAGAAUUAUGUGACUUUUCCCAAAAAAUAUUUCACAUAAAACUUUAUGAGACAUUUUGGCUCAAUUUUUGAGACAUUUUGAUUCAAGUUAGUUUUGAAGAAGAAGUAUCCAAAAUCUUUUUGCAUAGAUUUCUAUAUUGGGUAUUCACAAAAG